GGACUGUGAAUUUUAAACAUUUCAGCUCACUAUUAUAAUUUUCCCAUUUUACAUCGACACAGCAUUACAUAUGGAAAUUUACUUUUGUGUUGCCUAAAGGGAACUCACGGAAGCAGAAACUCUGUUUUUCCGGCAAAAAGUCUUCCUCAAGGAUGUUGUGCGUGAGCCCAAGUUUGGCUUAAACUUAUCGAAAAGGAACAGGCGGAGACGAUUAAGCUUGCUACAGUGGCCAGUCACUCGCUCGAUUGAUGGAAUUGCGGCCUGAAAUGAAACGUAUUUAUCAACAGAAGACGUUUAAUUGAAUAAAUUUCGUAUCAAGAAAUGCGAUAGGCGUCUGCAAAUGUGAAAGCGAUGGAAACCAUGGCGUUCGUUGAAAGAACGAGGUUCCAGCUCCAUGUGAACACUACAACCUUUGAAGAAAACGAAGAUCGUUGCGAGAAAAUCUGCUAUCGUGGAUCGAGCUGAACAAUCACUGAGAAGAUACGAGGCUAAGGUGCCUUAUUGACAAAGGCACUUCAAGGUGAUUGGAUGGCCUGAGCUAUCAGUAAUUACAGCCUAGAUGCCGUGGGAGAUACAAUGACACGUGACUAACACCUAAAACAAUCAAGGAAAUCAUUAAGAGAGCGCCGAAAGUUUGACACAGAGGGGCUGAACUUGUGAAGCGCAACAAAAAUAUGUAUGGAUUCAUUCAUUGCGCUCUGGCGGACUUGGUGGUUUCUAAGUUUGGCGAAGACGUAUGGCGAUCUAUCGUCGAGAAGGCUGGGGUGGAAUUAGACGGCGGAUCAUACCUAAUUCACAAAAUUUAUGAUGAUGAAGAAACUCUGAGUUUGGUCGCUGCGGCUUGCGAGACUCUGGCUUUACCCCUGAACGCUGUUUUGGAAGCUUUUGGCUCACAUUUUCUGGAUUACUGUCUGCAGACCGGCUAUGAUCGGAUUCUGAAAGUGCUGGGGAGGAAUCUGAGAGAUUUUUUAUGUAACUUGGACGCGCUCCAUGAUCAUCUCGCUACGAUUUACCCAGGUAUGGAAGCACCGUCUUUUCGCUGUACCGAGACUCCUGAUGGAACACUGCUCCUACACUAUUACUCACGGAGACAAGGUUUGGAACACAUCGUUAUCGGAGUCGUUAAAGCAGUAGCGAAUAAAAUGCUUGACACCGAGGUGGAAGUGUGUGUGCAGCAAGCGCGAUCCGACGAUCGCGGACAUGUCAUAUUUGCAAUCAGAGAGACAGGCUGCAAAAAUGCAACGCAAUCAAAACUUGGGCUACAGGCGUUUGAUUUAGAAACCAUGGUAGAUAAUCACAGUGCGGAGCUGUCCUCGGAUGGCGAAAACAUGGACAAGAAGCGGCGAGGAGGGCUCAGUUUGUUGUCAUUCUGCAAAGCUUUCCCAUUUCACGUGAUGUUCGAUCAUAAACUUAACAUCACGCAAACUGGGGUUGCCAUGAUGCGCCUUCUGAGCAAACGGUUUACAACCGGCAGUGCCUUCUCGUUCACGGAAAUUUUCGAACUGUCAAGACCGCGUAUGGAAUUUUCGUUUGAUUCUGUUCUUGCGCACAUAAAUACAGUUUUUAUUGUGACAGUAAAACAGUCCGCGCUGCGAUUUGCGGCGGAUACAAUGUCCAACGAGUCAGACGGUCGAGAAGAUCAGAGAAUGAUCCUUACAAAUCCAUUACUACGCCUCAAGGGUCAGAUGAUUUAUGUUCCAACGAACGACAGCAUUCUAUUUUUGUGCUCCCCUCGGGCAAACGACUUAGACAAUUUUAAGAACCUGGGUAUUUUUUUCAAUGAUAUACCAGUUCACGAUGCAACGCGUGACCUCAUUUUCAUGUCACAGGCAAGAAGAGCCGAGCGAGAAUUGGUGGAAAAGUUAGAGGAAACUAGCAACGACCUGAAGAAACUGGAGGUAAAGCUCACGGAAAACAAAAAACGCACAGACGAAUUGCUGCAUUCUAUUCUGCCCCAAGAAGUCGCGGCUAAACUGCGGUUAAAUCAACCGGUGCCCGCGGAAAACUACAAGCUGGUUACUAUACUUUUCAGCGACAUCGUCGGGUUUACAGCGCUAUGUUCCGACGACAAAAUUGUUCCCAUGGACAUCGUUCGGAUGCUGAACAAGCUUUACACCUACUUUGACAUGUUGAGUGGGAUGAACGAUGUUUACAAGGUGGAGACAAUUGGCGACGCUUACAUGGUUGUCGGGGGUCUACCAAAGCCAUGUGAUAAUCAUGCAGAGAGGGUGGCCCACAUGGCAUGCUCGAUGAUGGAAGCUUCUCGAAAGGUUUUGUCGCCUGUUGACAAAUCUCCUCUUAAGAUUCGAAUCGGAAUUCACAGUGGGUCAGUUAUGGCUGGAGUUGUUGGCAAAAUGAUGCCCCGCUACUGUUUGUUUGGAAGCACUGUCACACUGGCAAACAAGAUGGAAUCGGGAAGUAAACCAGGAUACAUUAACGUCAGCUACGAGACUAAACGCUUUCUCAAAGGUUCCUCUGAAUUCGAGUUCAUUCCCAACAAUGAGAUCCCCAACCCCCUCCCAUGCUUCUUCCUGAUCAGAAGCAAGAACGCCAAACAACAGCCGUCCAUUCUGGAUAUCGCGGCAUCCGUUGCACCAAACAACAUCUGCAUGUUUCGGUCCCCGAGGACCUCUCCGACGCACUCUCCAGCGAUAAAGCGAAGAAGUGAUACAGGACCGGCCGCUUACCGCAAUAGCUCUCCGGACGGCCCACCCCAGCGAAGAAUCAGCUCGGUUGAUUUUGCCUCUUCGGUAAACGAAAGGCUGGAGAUGUUGAAAAAUGAGCAAGGAAACAAACACACUAAGAAACGGAGAAUCACUGUGACCUCUCUGUGUCCUAUACGCAAGGCAAGCAGCUUCAAUAGAGACGAGAGUUUUGACGAAGCUGAGGAUGAUGAUGAGGAAAUAGAAGACAGUAAUCGUGGCCAUAAAAACAUCAAUGGCGAUGCUUCCCUGAUCGGAAUGGAUGAGGAGUCAUUAACGGAAUUGGUAGAACUGAGCCAAAAAAUUGAGACUACGUUAUAACUGAGGUGUUAUGGCUAAUACCCAGUCCCCCUCAUAAGGAUAAAUGAGUUUAGGGAAGAUUAAGAACAGGAUACUCUUUAAUGUCUUUUGUGGAUGUUUACUUUUUUUCUUGAGAAAGUUAAGGCCGAGAGGUAUCGGGCGUUCCCCCCAAUUUGUGGGGCUCCCAAGGAAAUGCUCCUGCACAUAGGAUGUAAAUACGUUUAAAUAAGUUUUAAGACAAGAAUUCGACACAAGGAAGAGGUAAUAUUGUUUCUGUGUUGAAAACUCUAUUAGAGAAUUAGUAGCUCAUCAAAGGUUUUAAGACUUUAAACACAACCAGUUGCCAUUAUUUCGCAAAAAUCAUAUUUUCGAAUCAUUAACAACAACAUACAACAACAUUGACUUUAUUUUUGAAAUUGCAGAAAUAAAGGCCUUUGUAGCCCGCAGUUAGCAAAGCUAAUCUAGGCGGGCUACCUAAACUGACACUGUAUAGGCUCAUUAGGUUUUUACAGGAGAAAAACGAACGAAAUGUUUUAAAAAUUUAGCUGAAAAGUUUACAAUAAUCCACAACUUUUCAUGAAAGUUGUGUAAAAAAUUCUAAUACUCUGCCAAGCGACGAUUUGUGCAAGCCUCGUGAAUCAUGACCUCCUGUCUGGACAGACAGUUUGUUUGAGCUUACACCACAGUUACUUUAGUUAGAAUUCAUUUUUAACAGAUUUAUUGAGAGGUGAGAUCACUUGAAAAAUUAUAAAACUUACUAAGUACUGAAAAAAACAUGACCAUAAAUAUGCUUUGCAUCGUUGUAGAAUCAAAUUUUUGAAGCAACUUGACAGAUCUUCUGAAAUGAUUAUUUUUUGGCAAUUCUUUUGGUUGCAAUACAGUUUCAAUUUAUUGUAGGGUUUGGUGUUGUAUCAAAUUCAACACCAUCUAGUUGAUAAAUACGUCUUUUCUCGUCACCCUAUAGGUGGACGUUGCAUUCAUAUUAUAAGGAAAAGCUUGGUUUCAAUCACUUCUUGAAGCGUCAGGAGUAUAGGCAAAUACGGUAACUCUUGGCCAAAAUCAUAUGUAAUUUAUCCAGUGUAAAUAGUACUAGAAUCUAGGCCUCUGUAAAUGCAAAUGUAUCCCAGCAAUAUCCAAA